GGAUCAAAAUAAAGAUAUAAAAAGCACUCACAAAUAAAAUGAGUGAAUGUGAAUUUCAGAAAAAAACCAGUAUGCAUUUUAAACAAAAGUUUGGCCCCAAAUCACAUGUUGUAUCUUAUCUUUAAUAUUAACCAGGAAAACUGAAUAUGGAAGUGUUUAGGAGAAACGGAGAAUGGCAUUGUUUAAUUUAAUGAGCUAACUUUGUCUCAAAAGCCUGGAAAAGAAGGGAAGACCGACUUGUUUUUUCUGCAGUAUUAUGACAGUAGAUUUUUUUUCUCAGAGAUCUAAGAGUUAUGUAUAUACGAUAUAAACGGAUAUGUGAUUGAAAAUGAUUCAAAUAGUUUUUAUUUUACUUUUUUGGUAGUAAUGUGGCGUAUAUGGCAUUCUGAAUCUGUCUUAUAUGAAUUUGUGAGGUCUUGUAAAACCAACGCAGAAUGGGAAAAUUGUAUAAAUUAAAUCAAAUGAGAAAAAAUGGCCACCCCCUCCUGUUAACAAAACCAGAAAAUAAUUUCUAAGGCUCAAGAAUUGAAGCAUUUAUCUUAUUUAAACCCAAAGUUGAAAUGAACCUGCUGCUGCCUGUAGUGAAUAGCUGCAUGAACAACAAGGUCCAGCUUUAAUGCACGAGGACAUAAACUCUCCUUCAUCACUGCCUCUCUGCUCUAAUGUUGGACAUGGCAGUGCAGCUGGAGGCACAUCAGCUGCUGUUGUUGUUUCAUCUACAGUUUCUGUGCGUCUACAUACAUAUAUGUGUGAGGACAUUGCAUGCAUGGAGCUGGCCUGGCUCUGCUGUGGACUCGGUGCCCCGUCCGCACAGUGUCCAUGUUGGUUUGGGAGCCUGAGGCCUGCUCCCAUACAUCCCCGCUCUGGCUCUGUUGAUCCUAUUGUCUUCUGCGUCACCACACGUCGCCCGGAAAAUAAAGGCCGUCUGGCUCCAAGCUUAAAUAUUGCAGCAAACUAAAAACCAACCAUCAGAGCCGAUUCAUUCACAUCUGCUCAGUGGGGCGACAAGGACGGGGCUUUAGGUGGGAAAGAGGGCAGAAAAAAGUUCACUUUUCCCUGCCGGGUGCCAAGAGAACGGGACAGGACUCAACUUCGCGGGAGCCGCAGCUGUGGCAAGUUGCCCAUUUGAUUACAUUUAACCUAUAUCAUACAUUUUUGAAAAAGGGACUAUUUAUUACUUAUUGAUCUCUCUUUAUUGAUUUUUAUUUGAGACUUUUUUAUGUGGAAUUUUUUAAAGAGCUAGGGUAAGAUAUUUUUUGGUUUGCACCACACUUCGUCAAUUCGACAUAGUAAAUGUUGUUAACAUCUAGAACAAGCAGAAAGGUAGCAGGGUAUUGACUUGACAAAACCAAUACCUUGCUAAACAUUUUUUAUUUAUUAUUUGACAUGUUUUAUCUAAUUUCAAUUGGAAUAGAAUGGACUCCAACACUACUCAAUAGAAGUUUCAAAUUCUUCAGGUUUUUUCUACAAAAUUAGCGUGUGGUGGCAUGAAAUUAUGGCUUAGAUUUGAUUUUCGACGAGUUCGAUUUUCCUACAUUUCUAACUUUUGUCCCUCUCUAAACUCCUCCCCCUGUCUGUCCUGCCUACCCCACCCUCCCUGUCUGUCUGCACCCUCUGUGUCCCUUCCUACCCCACCCUUCAUUCCGCAGUGCUACGGACCGAUCAUGGGUGACUGGAGCUUUCUGGGUAAUAUUUUAGAGGAAGUUAACGAGCACUCUACGGUGAUCGGCCGGGUGUGGCUCACGGUGCUCUUCAUCUUCCGUAUCCUCAUCCUGGGCACGGCGGCGGAGUUUGUGUGGGGCGAUGAGCAGUCUGACUAUGUCUGCAACACGCAGCAGCCGGGAUGUGAAAACGUGUGCUACGAUGAGGCCUUCCCCAUCUCCCACAUCCGUCUCUGGGUGCUGCAGAUCAUCUUUGUGUCCACACCGUCUCUGGUGUACGUGGGUCACGCCGUGCACCAUGUCCACAUGGAGGAGAAGCGCAAGGAGCGCGAGGAGGCGGAACUCAGCCGGCAGCAGGAGCUGAGCGAGGAGCGUCUCCCUCUGGCCCCCGACCAGGGAAGCGUCCGCACCACUAAGGAGACCAGCACAAAGGGAAGCAAGAAGUUCAGGCUGGAGGGUACCCUGCUGAGGACCUACAUCUGCCACAUCAUCUUCAAAACACUGUUUGAGGUGGGCUUCGUGGUGGGACAGUACUUCCUGUAUGGUUUCCGCAUCCUGCCGCUGUACAAAUGCAGCCGCUGGCCCUGCCCCAACACGGUGGACUGUUUCGUGUCUCGCCCCACAGAGAAGACCGUCUUCAUCAUCUUCAUGUUGGCCGUGGCCUGCGUCUCACUCUUCCUCAACUUUGUGGAGAUCAGUCACCUGGGCCUGAAGAAGAUCCGCUUUGUCUUUCGUAAGCCGGCCCCGGCCCCAGCUCAAGGUGAGGGCUCGGCCCCCCUGCCGCUGCAAGGGAAGAGACUGCCCCCACUGGCUGUGCCCUCCCUGCAAAAAGCAAAAGGUUACAGGCUGCUGGAGGAGGAGAAAUCUCCCAUUACUCAACUCUACCCGCUUGCUGAGGUGGGCAUGGAGGCUGGCAGAGGGGCCCCACCCUUCCCGGGGCUGGAAGAGAAGGUGGAUGAGGUGUAUGACGAGACUCUGCCCUCCUACGCCCAGACCACUGAGACAGGGGGGGUAACAUUACACGAGGAGGCCGAGGAGGUGAAGCCGGCACAGAUGGAAGCAGAGAGAGUGGAGGAGGUUGUUGAUGAGGAUGUGGAGGUAGAGGAGGCGGUGAACGGGGAGGGGGUAACUCCAGCCGAGGCAAGGAUGGAGGCCACGGAUACGAUAGAAGACACCAGACCACUGAGCCGACUGAGCAAAGCCAGCAGCAAGGCCAGUGACUUUCAUUCCCAUUCAGUCAGUGACAUACUGCAAAUGCAGCAUUUGGCUGCACACGGCACGGGGGGGAUGAAGGAUUUUUGUAAUUAUUUGGGCAUCAACUGGAGGAUUUCUCUAAUAUGUUGCAUGUUCUGGAUUUUCUCACCAGCAGAAGGAAACACCAUCUCCGAGGUGGUUGGCAGUAAAGUGAUCCUGCACUGUAAGAAAGAGCCAAAUGACACACUUGCUCAGCUGACAUGGAAAAUGAACAGAGUUACCCUGUACAGCUUCACCCCAAAGCAGCCCUUACACAUCAGUCAGGAAGCUCACCGCCUGAACAUACAAAUGGUGGAGAGCCAACUGUACGAGCUGGUCAUUGAGAAUGUCCAGAAGUCUCAUACAGGAAACUACACCUGUGAGACCACCACGGACAAAAGAACUCAGGAACAGAUGUGGGAGCUACUAAUUACAGAGCGAAGGAAAGCUGGAAACAUUCUAGUAAUUGCUGUGGCAUCUAUGGUUCCAUGUGUGUGUUGCCUGAUCUUUAUAUUAGCUUGGAUAAUUCUGAAUAGAGUCCGCAAACAACGUGCAGAGAAUCACUCUCCCACUGCAGAAAUGCAAGAGACAGAAGAGGACAUUUAUGAAAACUGCCUGGAAACUAAUGUUAGUCAACAACGUGGCUUCAAUCAUCCUCAAUGUAACAAACCCAGGACUCGCUGAUAUCAAGCGCAGUACAACAAUCCUAAAGGGAAGGGAGUAUUGGAACUGAUCAUUUCAUAUAAACCAUCUUUUCUGGAAUGCAAACAAAUGUAAAAACAGCGUUUUGCACAUCCUCUGCCCAAGUUACAUUCACUCUCAAAAUUACUUUGGUCUUAAUUUGUUUUCGGGUUAUAUAUCAGUCUGUCAGUACUGUCUAUCUCGCAAUAUUUUAGAAAUGUCUUUAGAGGAUUUUUUUAAAUUUGACACGAACGUCCACUUGGACUCAAGGAUAAACUGAUUCGAAUUUGGGGAUUAAAGGUCCCUGUAAUCCUACAAAAAUCUUUUUUGGUCAUAAUUUAAUUAUGACAAUUUCACACAAAUAUCUGAUAAGAUAGAAAAAAUUAUGAAGUGAUGACACUUUGGACAUACAUGGAUGUAAACUGCAACUUAGCUGGUUGGCAGAGGCAUAGUGUACAACUGCAACAGAAAGUCUGCUUUAUAUGUAUAUUCUUUUUACAUAGAAUUUCACUGUUAAAGGGGCAGCAGAACAAUCUGAACACCUAAAAUAUUAUAACCUUUUAAAGUUAUUUGUUUACAGAAAUCCAUUUCUCUUUUUUGAUGAUAAUCAUCUGUAGAGCUAAGAGGAACUAAAGUAUUGUGAUACUCUGUCGGUUUGUCACUAUGAGCAACACCUUUUUAAAAGGCAUCACAUUACACAUCAUGUGAUGCCUUUUAAAAAAUAAAAUUAAUUAGUUCAGCUUUAAACUGUUGUAAAGGGAUACUUUGACACAGAAGGACUAUAUAACAGAGGAGUAACCGAUGGAAAACAAAACUCUAGCAGCAUCUUCUAAAAAGAUACUGCAUUGGUUCAUUGAGUAAAGGGCACUUGUUUUAAUCAUUUAUGGUGUAGGUUGUCACAAAAUAAGGCACUAAAAAGGAAUCAUAUCCCACACAAAUUCUAUUUAGUGUGUUACGACCUUUGAUUGCAGUGAUGCAGUGAUAGGGGUAGCAAUAUGUGUGUCAUUAUAAAACCUUUAGUUGAGUUUUUGAUUCUAGGCCUACUGGUUCAGCAUAUAAUCACAUGUGAAAUGGAAUAUUUUAUGUCAUUAAAAUGAAAGUUUCUCAUUCAGUCCAUCAGUGACUAAAAACAACAAAUACUGUUGACAAAAUGCUACACAGAUGGAGAGAACUGGUGACCAGCUAAGCUUCAACAGCUCAAGAGGAUACAGAUUAUUUGUGAAUGUUUGUAAAUAACGGUAGUUUAGCUCAAAGGAGUUCUCCAGUUUAUCUGGUAUUACACUCACAAGAGACAGAUGAUUUGAAAAGGAGAGGCAAAAGGCAGCAAAGGCCAAUAUCAUCCUGACUCAGUGUCAGUCAGGGCAAGUAUGUGGCAAGGCUCUCAAAUGAACACCCACGAGGAAACAUAUCUACACGCGCCAUCACGAGGCUUGCGCAAUUUACGUCCUGACAGUUGGUGGUGGCAAUUUGCAUAGAAACGCACUAAUGUGUCAAAUAAGACGUUACAGAGAAAGACUGCUAGCAAGUAAACGUGGUAAGAAGAUGAUGUAUACAAUGCACAAAUUAAAAUCAAGAAAAAAUUAUUGAAGUGAAUGACUGUAGUGACCACAGUAAGUCUUUGAAUGUAUGUAUGUAUGGACAUGGGAGUAUUGUAUUAAAACUUGAAGAUAUCUGCAUCUAUCCUUUAAUAGUGUGUGUAAAGAAUGUGUUUUGAUCACUGUAUGUGUUGAAUCAUUCUGUUCACAAGACUUUAAAAAAUAAUGAAAGCUGAGCUGUUAUUAAAUUAUAUUUUUUAAAGUUUAACUUAAGUUGGAAGUCACAUUCACAAGACUGACACAGAGUAAGAGCUAAGUAAAGUCAUUAUUUCCUGCUUCACAACACAUGUGAUAUUAUACUUACCAUGGGACUAGCCUUGUGACAGCUGCUACUUCCAUUCACAUGGUCGUCACUGAGUCAUGAAGUUGUUGACUGUUCUAGCGCUUUGUUUUUACUGGGGCUGUAUAUUUAGUCAGAAUGUUCAUCUUACCAAAGUUCGGUGUACAGUACCAGUCAAAAGUUUGGACACACCUUCUCAUUCAAUGGUUUUUCUUUAUUUAAAUUUUUUUCUACAUUGUAGAUUAAUAUUGAAGACAUCCAAACUAUGA